UCGUAAGUUCAUUCCCCUCUUCUUCCCCAGCAAUUUUCUUUUUCUUUCUAUUAAUCCGAUUGAUCCUCACUCAUCUCUCCCCCUCUUUCUAAAAAAGAAAAUAACUCUCUUAAUUUUCCCUAUCUUAACAACUUCAGCAGCUAAUUCUCAUGGAGGGCUCCGAUGGGGAAAACAUGCAAGCUGAGGAACAACAAGAUUCUUUUACCUCUCAAGAUCAUCCAGAAGAGAGUGGUUGGACGUUUUACCUGGAUGAUGAUGAAUUUUUUCCACGAAAUAGCAUAGAGAAUAGGGUUCAGCCUUCCUCUUCUUCUUGUUACGAUGAUACACCUUCGAUGAUUUCUGAUGCUGGUUCUCUUGCCCCGUGGAAGUUCAUGGAUAGUACUACUUCUAAGAAAUUGGGAUUACUCAAUCCGAAGAAGAAUAAGAAGAAAAUAAACAGUGGUACCGAUGAUCCUGAUAUGGAAGAUACUGCUAGUUCUCCUGUUAAUAGUCCCAAGGUUAGUAGUAUGAAGCAGUAUCAUCGACAAACGAACUCACCGAGACAAAACCAAGAUAAUGAUGGUGAUGAUCAUAUUGAUAUUGAAUACAGUACUUCUCAACAGAGGAGGAAGGGAAGUAUGUCUGGUGAUCAUCAACAUUUUUCAGCACUACAAUUACACGAAGAUAAAAACAAUCGGAUGGAUUUUGUUGAAAUGAGAUCAUCACCAAAUAAUAAUAGUAAUCCUCGUCAGUUUACAGACCUCAAGGAAAAGGGUCUUUGCGUGGUUCCUCUCUCAAUGUUUGUGAACUAUCUUAAAUGAAGCGUAAACAUGUAUAAAGUAUAUAGUAUAUCCAUCAUAAUCAUGAAUUUAUGCAUGUCUAGAAGGGUUAUAUAUCUCUUUCAUUCCCUUAUUACUUUGUAUGUAACAGUUUCAGUAUAUCCUGUAAAUGACCACCAUAUUAAUCAUGUCAUCUCGGUUAUACUGCUGCUAGCUUAAUUUUAAUAACAUUUCGGUUGUAUCCGAAAACGGUCUUAGUAAGUAAUUAUUAUCCAACGGUACUAAUAUGAUUAGUGUAGUAUUAUGUCAUCUCGGUUAUACUGCUAGCUAGCCUGUGUUCAAUAUAUAUGUAAAUUGUA